GCACUUCCGGUUUCUUAUGACGAAGGAGGCAGGACUUUGUUAGCUGUCCUCCUACUUGCUAGCUAACAGUUGCCACUCUGUUGCUACUGAAGGAUAAUUCCUAGCUGCGCCAAUAAAGUAGCGAUUUUAAUACGGGUACUGUUUCAAUGGGCUCCAAGAGAAGACGAGCCACCUCUCCCUCCAGCAGUGCCAGCGGAGGAGACUUUGAUGAUGCCACCUCAUCCACCCCAGUCAGUGGGUGGAAGAGGAGGAGAGCUUCCACUGCUCCUUCUGUCGAUCAAAUUGCUGUAUGCCAUGAAUUGUACAACACUGUCAGAGAUUACAAAGACGACCAAGGCAGACAGAUCUGCGAGCUCUUUGUUCGUGCACCAAAGAGGAGGAAUCAGCCUGACUAUUAUGAAGUGGUGAGUCAGCCCAUAGACAUGAUGAAGAUACAGCAGAAGCUCAGGGCAGAAGAAUACCAGGAUGUAGAGCAGUUCUCAGCUGACUUUCAUCUGCUUAUUAAUAAUGCCAAAGCUUACUAUCAGGCUGACAGUGCUGAGUAUAGAGCUUCCGCUAGGCUUUUGAAUGUCUUCCUGUCCACCAAGAAUGAACUGCUACAGGGAGGGGAAGGAGAGGAGGCAGAUGAUGAUGAGGAAGGGGAUGAUGUGGAGAACCCAAGUGCUUCCAUGGAGGAGGAGAGACCACCAAGCUAUCUUAAAGCCAUACUGGAGCAGCUCUUGGAGGCCAUUGUGUCAUGCACUGAUUCAACAGGGAGGCUUGUUAGUGAGCUCUUCCAAAAACUUCCCUCCAAAUUGCAUUAUCCAGACUACUAUGCUGUUAUAAAAGAUCCAAUAGAUCUGCGCGCUGUGGCUCAGAGGAUACAGGCGGGACAUUACAAAUCCAUCAGUGCCAUGGCCAAGGACGUUGAUCUUUUGACCAAAAAUGCCAAAACCUACAAUGAGCCAGGGUCACAAGUUUUCAAGGAUGCAAACACAAUUAAGAAGGUAUUUUCCCAGAGAAAGACCGAGAUUGAACAGGCUGAACCCACUAAAUCCAGCCUCCGUAUCAGAAACCGGAGGUCUGCUCAGGGUGACCGCCUGUCUGCCAUCACUAUGGCUCUUCAGGCUGGAUCUGAAAGUGAUGAAGACUCCAUUCUCACAGGCACUGUGCGUUUUGACACUGGAGAAACGGAGGCUGAUUGUGGUCUGAGUGCAGGUGACCCAAUCCUCCAGUUGUACCAGUCAGUGCGAGGAGCACGAAGCGUUCAGGGGAAGCUUCUCGCUGAACCGUUCCUCCAGCUGCCUGUGAGAAGGGAAUACCCAGACUACUACCACCAGAUCAAAAACCCCAUCUCCCUACAACAGAUCAGGGAUAAAAUGAAGAAUGGAGAUUAUGAUGGAGUCGAGCAGAUUGAGGCUGACCUUACACUCAUGCUUGAGAAUGCUAAACGCUACAACAUGCCCAACUCCACCAUAUAUAAACGUGCUCAGAGGUUACAGCAAAUAAUUCAGCAAAAGAAAAGAGAGCAUCGAGAUGAUGAUGAAGGAGAUGUCUCUACUGCAAAUUCUGACGUAGGAAGUGGCAAAAGGAAAAGCCAUAAGAAGAACACCAAGAAAAACCGAAUGAAGACACUGUGUUCUGCAGUGACUGAAGCACGCGAGGCAGGCACUGGACGGCGCCUCUGUGACCUCUUCAUGGUGAAGCCCUCUAAGAAGGACUACCCAGACUACUACCAGAUCAUCCAAGAUCCAAUGGACAUGCGUACCAUCGAGAACAAUAUCCGCACUGAGCGUUAUAACAAUGAGGAUGCACUUAUGGAUGACAUGAAGCUUAUGUUUCGCAAUGCCCGCCACUAUAAUGAGGAGGGAUCUCAGGUUUAUAAUGAUGCAAAUAUCUUGGAGAAGAUUGUUAAGGAUAAACAGAAAGAGCUUGGCCCUCCCCUGGAGGAAGAUGACGUUGGCUCUCCCAAACUCAAGCUUCGCCGUAGUGGAGUUGCAGCCUCCCCUAAAAAGGCUCGUACACAGACAACACCACUCCAGCAGAAGCUUUCUGAUCUCUACGAAGCUGUGCGCAAUUUCACAGACAAUCGCGGUCGGCGUCUCAGCGCCGUUUUCCUGCGUCUGCCAUCACGUUCUGAGCUGCCUGACUAUUAUGCCGCCAUUAAGCGUCCCAUUGACAUGGAGCGUAUACGAAGCUACAUGGUACAGGGGCGCUACCAAGACAUCGACUCACUGGCAGAAGAUUUCAUCCUUAUGUUCAACAACGCCUGCACCUACAAUGAGCCUGAAUCUCUAAUAUACCGUGAUGCUCUGCUGCUCCAUCGAGCCUUUCUGGAAGCCCGUCGACGGAUUGAGGAUGAAGAGGAUGGAGAUGAAGGUGGUCUGGGUGGUUUGUCAGUUGCCUCUCUCGUGCGUGAGCUCAUCCGUAACCUCUUCGUUUCAAUGAUGGGGCACCAGGAUGACGAGGGCCGCUGCUAUAGUGACUCUUUGGCGGAAGUUCCCGCCAUUGACCCCACUAACUCGGAGGACCCACCCCUCAAUCUAGAGAUUAUUCGUAAUAAUGUGGAUCGCGGCCGCUACAGGAGACUGGACGUGUUCCAGGAGCAUGUGUUUGAGGUACUGGAGAAAGCAAGACGUCUCAACAGGACCGAUUCUGAGAUCUUUGAGGAUUCUGUGGAGUUGCAUUAUUUCUUUGUGAAGAUCCGUGACGAGCUAUGCAAGAAUGGAGAACUCUUGCUUACCCCAGCACUGAGCUACACAUCCAAACAUCUGCAUUCCGACAUAGAUCAAGAGAAGCGAGAGAAACUGCCCCAAGAAAUUGAGGAAGACCGGCUGAAACAGGAGGAAGACAAAAAAGCUCUUCCAGAAGAGGGCAAAGUAGAGGGUCCUGCAGGAAGCCAGUGGCCGUCAGGUCCUCAAAGCUCAUAUAGUCAGGACUGCAGUUUUGAGAACAACACCUACAGCGUGGGAGACUGUGUAUAUGUUCAGCCUUCAGAAGCAAAUUUGCAGCCCCACAUUGUCUGCAUUGAGAAACUCUGGAAGGAUGAAGCUGGUGAGCAGUGGAUGUAUGGAUGUUGGUUUUAUCGUCCAGGAGAAACUUUUCACCUGGCCACUCGUAAGUUCCUGGAAAAGGAGGUAUUUAAGAGCGACUAUUACAGCCGUGUGCCUUUCAGCAAGAUCUUGGGGAAAUGCGUUGUGUUAUUUGUAAAGGAGUAUUUCAAGUUGCAACCAGAAGGCUUUAAACCUGAAGACGUCUAUGUCUGUGAAUCCCGCUACACUGCCAGGACCAAAACCUUUAAGAAGAUCAAAAUAUGGUCAGUGCCGUCAAACUCUGUCAAACUAGUCUCUCGGGAGGUUCCUUUACCUGUAGUCAGAGUUGUGUCCAUGUUUGUCAGUGCAAAAGACAAAGUGGCUGCUCUUCCUGAUGGAGAGAGUGGUGGCUUCAUCGAGAAGGAGCGAGAAGAUGUUCCAGUUGAAGUGGCCAAUGGGGAGCCGGGUUGCCAGUACUUUGAACAGCUCCACUACAAUGACAUGUGGCUUAAAGUGGGCGACUGUGUCUACAUACGUUCCCAUGGACUGGUGCGAGCACGAGUUGGCAGGAUCGAAAAGAUGUGGCUGAGGGAUGGAGCAGCAUUCUUCUUUGGACCCAUCUUCAUCCACCCUGAGGAAACAGAACAUGAGCCAACAAAGAUGUUCUACAAACGUGAGGUGUUCCUCAGCAAUCUGGAGGAGUCCUGUCCUAUGACCUGCAUCUUAGGGAAAUGUGUGGUCUCUUCUUUUAAGGACUUCCUGUCCUGCAGGCCAACUGAAUGUCCAGAGGAAGACGUGCUCCUGUUCGAGAGUCGCUACAUUGAGAGUGAAAAGCAGAUGAAGAAGUUUAAAGCACUUAAACGUUUCUCCAUCUCAGCCAAAGUGGUUGAUGAUGAGAUCUUCUACUUUAGGAAACCCAUCGUGCCUCAGAAGGUGCCAUCUCCCCUGCUGGAUAAGAAGAUUGAGGAGCUAGAAGCUAAGUUUGCAGACAUGGAGGAUCUGGAUGAAGACAUGGACGAUCUGGAUGAAGAUGAUGAUGAAGCAGCAGUGACGCCCUCAAUGCCACCCAGUCAGGCAUCCGCAACAAGUGACCUGGAUAUGCCUUAUACACCCCCACAGUCCACACCAAAGAUAAAAGGUAUGUCCAAGAAGGAAGGAGCCAAGCGCAAAAUCAACAUGAGUGGCUACAUCUUGUUUAGCAGUGAAGUUAGGUCUAUUAUAAAGGCUCGUCACCCUGAUUUCUCCUUUGGAGAGCUGAGUCGACUAGUGGGCACAGAAUGGAGGAACCUGGAAGCUACUAAGAAGGUGGAAUAUGAAGAACGGGCAGCUAAACUGGUAGAGCAGCAGGAACGGGAGAGGGUCCUUCAGCAGCAACAUCAGCAGCAGCAGCAGGCUUCUCCAAGAGCAGGUACCCCAGUCGGCACAAUAAUGGGAGUGGUGCCUCCCCCAAGCACUAUGGGAAUGCUAAACCAGGCCAUGCCACCUGUGCCAGGCAUGAUGGGAAAUUAUGGCCCGCCCUACAUGCCUAUGCAAGGUCCUUCUGACGGCAUGAUGGGCAUGGGUGGCAUACCACCUCAUCCCAUGGGGGUGCCCCAGCUGCCUUCCCAGCACUUCCUUCUACCAGGCAUGGCCGGGUACCCUGGUAUGCCCCAUCCGGGAGUGAUGGGCCCAGGAAUGAACGGUAUGGCUGGAAGUCCUGGUCCUGGAAGCCAUUAUGGCAUGCAGAUGGGUGGAUAUGGGCCAGGGCAACAAGCUCCACCACCAUAUCCAGGUCAAGGUCAACCAGGCCAGCAUCCAACCCCACCUAUGUUUGUCGCCCCACCUCCAAAACCCCAGCGUCUUCUGCAUUCAGAGGCUUAUCUGAAGUACAUCGAGGGCCUCAGUGCUGAAUCCUCCACCAUCAGCAAGUGGGACCAGAGCCUUAAAGCACAAAGAAAAGACUGUCGGCUCACCAGAGAGCAGGAGAGCCGUCUCCCUACUCACUGGCUGAAAAGCAAGGGUGCUCACACUACAAUGGCAGACGCAUUGUGGAGACUCCGAGACCUGAUGAUGAAAGACACGCUCAACAUCCGGCAGGCAUACAACCUUUAAACAUUUAUGUUCUACCCUAACUCUCAGGACUCUAAUUUAUGCAAGACUAUUCUCCUACCAAAUCUUUCCUAUCAUGACUCAAGAUGUGAUAAAGUAUUAUGUACUGUCAGAAAUGUUUCAGCAAUAAGUAUAUCUCCUAGUUGUGUGCAUAUGUGUGAAAAAAUAAAGCUUUUAGCCACCUCUUUAGGUA